UGGACUAUUCCGUACCUCGGUUGAUGUCUCUCUUUAAACAUGAAACCCAUCUCACCUCAUCCUCCAUACUCUAACCACCCCUACCACCCUUAUACACAGCCACCCACCCAUCACAGGAUUACUGAAGAAUGAGCCCCUCUUAUCGCCAGGCGAUCCCCGUCUCUGUUGUCGUCGCACGCCACUCGAUAACCUCCCCUUGCCACCCGCGAUGAAGCUUCCUUCCGCCGUCAGACUUGUGGAGGUCAGUCCCCGCGACGGCCUCCAGAACAUCAACCACCAUAUCCCGACCGCGACGAAGACCGAGCUUAUCCGCAGACUGCAUGCCGCGGGGCUGAGGACGAUCGAGGUCACUUCUGUUGUCUCACCACGCGCGAUACCACAACUUGCGGACUGUAGGGCCGUCUUGAGUGAUGCCUUUGUUCAGUCUUUGUUGAAUCGGGAUGAUGCCGAUGAAGAGCGGCGGGGGACACUGCGUUUACCGGUGCUCGUCCCGAAUAGGAAGGGUUUUGAGGUCGCUGUGGAGCAGGGGGUGCGCGAGGUCGCUGUCUUCGUCAGUGCCAGCGAGGGAUUCAGCCGUGCGAACGUCAACUGCGGCAUGGAGGAGGCGCUGAAGAGAGCUCGGGAUGUUGUUGGGAGGGCUUCUGCGAAGGGUGUGGCGGUUAGAGGAUACGUAUCAUGCAUCUUCGCAGACCCCUUUGACGGCCCUACGCCACUUACAUCCGUGCUACACUGCGUCCGCGAGUUGUUAACGAUGGGCUGCUACGAAGUGAGCCUAGGCGAUACCCUCGGCGUCGGCACCCCAGAGCAAGUCCGUUCGCUCAUCACAUACCUCGUUGAACACGACAUCCCCACCUCGCGGUUGGCGGGCCACUUCCACGAUACCUACCACACUGGCGCGAUGAACGUCUGGGAGGCGUACCGUUGCGGGCUGCGCGUGUUCGAUAGCAGCGUUGCCGGGCUGGGUGGAUGUCCGUAUGCGCCUGGGUCGAAGGGAAAUGUCGCGACGGAGACGCUGGUGGAUAUGUUUCAUGCUGCGGGGGUGGAGACUGGUGUCGAUGUGGCUCGACUGCGCGAGACGGGGAAGUGGAUUGCGGCGCGCGUUUCUGCGUCUGCGUCUGCGUCUGAAGCGUCGAUGGGGAUGUCCCGUGUGCAGUCGAGAAAGGAUAGAGAGGAUAGUAAUGUGCGAUCUGAGGGGAUUUUGCAGUUCGAUGGCGAGGGAGGCUUGUCUAUGGCGGCUCAUAUGGGGCGGGAGGUCGAUUGGAUGUGUGUUCUUAAGACGAUGCUUGGACGGUAGAUAUACAUAGAGUUAAGAGUCACAUUUGCAUAGCGUUGAAUUAUUAAUUGGAUG